AAGAACAAGCAUUCAGCAAGCCACAUUUCCACCUGUGUUCCUAUAGGAAGGCACUCCGAAGGGGUGAGUUGAUGAGACAUGGCUGAGGAUGAAAGCAAGAAAAACUCCAUCAAGAUGAGUACGAAGGGAUGCCAGAUCAACAACGGGUUUGUGCAAAAUGAAGACAAUGUAGAGCAGGCCCCAGAUCCGGGCAGCUCAGCGGGCAGCCUGCAGCACGGCGCGGUGGGUGUCACGGGCUCCCAGGAGCCCGACUUCCAGGGCGUCCAGCCCUAUGCAGGGAUGCCCAAGGAAGUGCUGUUCCAGUUCUCGGGCCAGGCCCGCUACCGCGUGCCCCGGGAGGUCCUCUUCUGGCUCACUGUAGUGUCUGUGCUUGUGCUCAUUGGGAUCACCAUAGCCAUCAUUGUCAUCUCUCCAAAGUGCCUUGACUGGUGGCAGGAGGGGCCCAUGUACCAGAUCUACCCGAGGUCUUUCAAGGACAGUAACAAGGAUGGGAACGGAGAUCUGAAAGGUAUUCAAGAUAAACUGGACUAUAUCACAACUUUAAAUAUAAAAACUAUUUGGAUUACUUCAUUUUAUAAAUCAUCCCUGAAAGAUUUCAGAUAUGGUAUUGACAAUUUCCGAGAAAUUGAUCCCAUUUUUGGAACAAUGAAAGAUUUUGAGAAUCUGGUUGCAGCCAUACAUAAUAAAGGUUUAAAAUUAAUAAUUGAUUUCGUACCAAACCACACCAGUGAUAAACAUGAUUGGUUUCAAUUGAGUCGGACACGGACAGGGAAAUAUACUGAUUAUUAUAUCUGGCAUGACUGUACCGGUGAAAAUGGUGCAACCAUACCACCCAACAACUGGUUAAGUGUCUAUGGAAACUCCAGUUGGCACUUUGACGAAGUGCGAAACCAAUGCUAUUUUCAUCAGUUUACAAAAGAGCAACCUGAUUUAAAUUUCCGCAAUCCUGCUGUUCAAGCAGAAAUAAAAGAAAUUAUGCAGUUCUGGCUUGCAAAGGGUGUCGAUGGCUUUAGUUUUGAUGCUGUUAAAUUUCUUCUAGAAGCAAAGCAUCUGAGAGAUGAGAUCCAAGUAAAUAAGACUCAAAUCCCGGACACGGUCACACACUACUCGGAGCUGUACCAUGACUUCACCACCACCCAGGUGGGAAUGCACGACAUCGUCCAGAGCUUUCGGCAGACCAUGGACCAAUACAGCAGAGAGCCUGGCAGAUAUAGGUUCAUGGGGAUCAAAACCUAUGCAGAGAGCAUUGACAGGACCAUGCUGUACUAUGGGUUGCCGUUUAUCCAAGAAGCUGAUUUUCCCUUCAACAAUUACCUCACCACGCUAGACACACUUUCUGGGAAUAAAGUGUAUGAGGUUAUCACAUCUUGGAUGGAAAACAUGCCAGAAGGAAAAUGGCCUAAUUGGAUGAUUGGUGGACCAGACAGUUCCCGGCUGACUUCUCGUUUUGGGGGGGAAUACAUCAACAUGAUGAACAUGCUGCUUUUCACACUCCCUGGCACUCCCAUAACUUACUAUGGUGAAGAACUAGGAAUGGAAAAUAUUUUAGCCCCAAAUCUCAAUGAAAGCUACGAUAUGAAUACCCUUCUCUCAAAGUCACCAAUGCAGUGGGAGAAUACCUCCAAUGCUGGUUUUUCUGAAGCCAGUCACAUCUGGUUACCCAUCAGUUCAGAUUACCACACUGUCAAUGUUGAAGUCCAAAAGACUCAGCCCAGAUCGCCUUUGCAGUUAUACCAAGAUUUAAGUCAACUUCAUGCCAAUGAGCUGAUCCUCAACAGGGGCUGGUUUUGCUAUUUGAGGAACAACAGCCACUAUGUUGUAUAUACAAGAGAGCUGGAUGGCAUAGACAAAGUUUUUAUCGUGGUUCUGAAUUUUGGAGAAUCAACACUGCUAAAUCUAGGGGAAAUCAUUUCAAAUCUUCCUGUAAGACUGAGAAUACUACUAAGUACCAAUUCGGCCUACAACGGCAGUGAAGUUGAUACGCGUGCCAUUUUUCUGAACAAGGGAGAAGGACUCAUCCUUCAACACAACACAAAGAAACUCCUUCAUCACCAAACAGCUUUCAAAGACAGAUGCUUCGUUUCCAAUCAAGCAUGCUAUUCCAGGGUCUUGGGCAUACUGCACACUAUGUGUUAGGCACCUCUAUGCAGAUGACCCUGCAUUCUGUUGGUACUGUGAUUAUUGGUAGUUGCUUCAUGUACAGCACGCUCUCGGUGAACUUUAUGAAUAAUCAUUAAUUCUUAGAUAUUUCCGUAGCUUAAAUGUCACUGCUUUAGCAAAGGUUCUCAAAAAUUUUGAAAAAAGUGUUUAAAAG